UUUGAGCAUGACAGAAGCCCAAAUGCGAACUAAUCCGAUGCCCCGCUCCAUAUCUCACCCAGCUUCACGCCUCCACCAUGGCGGAAAUCGGGUCAAGAUCAGCGGCAUCUCCGUCCGUGUCGGCAUCGGCUUCAUCAGCGUUCACGUCCACUAUUCUGACUUCGGUGGAAUCGACGCAAGACGGCAAUCCCCCAACCACGCAAUUCACCAGUAUCCAAAAUAUCUUCAACGUGAUCAACAGUACUACUGGAGAUUUUCUUGUGGUCACAAACGUCUCCCCUAACUUCUUCACCGAAAUCGAGUGUGAGCGAGACAAGCGACGUCGCAAGUUCCGUUUCCGCCACUACGAAAGCGAUCGCCAGAUCCUUUUCAUCACAAUCCCAACCUUCUUGCAUGAACAACUCCAUAUCGGGCUUUACCAAGGCUAUUAUAACAAGCUUGUCAGAAGUGGUAGAGAAAACAGUUGGAUAACCGUCGGUACUGCCACAUAUGGUGGGGAGGGUGACUCUACCGGCGGUCCAGACCCAGAACGUGGUACGAAAGGAUUCUGGCCGACACUUAUGAUCGAGGAAGGAGACUCGGAGUUGUUAAGCGAGCUCCAGCAUCAAGUCAAAAUCGUUUUGCUCGCCAAAUUCGAACACACACGCCGAGCCCUCAUUUUGGAGAAGUGGGAAGAAGAACCCAGCAUAACUCGCCCAGGAGCAACGACAACACGACACGCCGCUGCCCUGCAGCCAAUGCUCCGACAGACUAUCACGAUCACCGAAGACACCACGACCAACCCAGUCACAUAUAACGUCGCUAGCGGCGCGUUGGUAUUGGGAUUCAAGCUCCUAUUUGUUCGAGGUUCAGGACCUGGAGAGGAAGACUUUGUCUUGAGCGUUCAAGAACUACAGGCUUACGCGGAGCGGGUUUGGAGGAUGCUGUAA